CGGUUGUAAGUCAGUGUAGACCAUCACUUUUCCAACUGUUGUGUGAAAUUAACAGACAACAUGCCUAAGAGCAGCCGUCUUAUGCAGUAUGUGGUCGCUGUAACAGCGUCGCUGAUUUACGCGGCCUACGGCACGUUCAUGACCUGGCCCUCUACAACGCUCCCUAUUCUGCAAGGCGAAGGCUCACCGAUUCCACUCACGGCUGACGAGGGCUCUUGGCUCGCAUCCAUCAACUCGCUGACGAUGCUGGUUGCAGUUUUCGGCGCCGGGUACUCUGUUGACAUCAUUGGACGGAAGAAGUUGGUGCUAGCCAGCGCAGUGCCGUUGUUGGCCUGGUGGCUGAUGGUCGCCUUCUCCGAUUCCUACGGCAUGUUGCUCGCAGCUCGGGCCAUCGGGAGCAUCGGUGGUGGCCUUAUUAGCACAGUGAUGCCCAUGUACUUGUGCGAGGUAGCCGACCCCGAUAUACGAGGGGUGCUUGUGGCCAUCCACCUAGUACUGAUGCAAAUGGGAACAUUGUUCAUUUACUGCAUAGGGCCCUACUUGCCCAUUCCGGUCGUCGCUGGUAUCUGCGCUUCUGUCCCUGUCAUAUUCUUCAUAGCCUUUAUAUGGAUGCCGGAGUCACCAUACUUCCUUCUCAGCCAGCACAGAGAAAAAGACGCGAAGCGGAUCCUUCUUCGGCUGAAGGGAAAACUUAGUCCUGAGGACCUCGAAUCGGAACUUACUGUGAUGCACGAAACUAUACGCCAGAAGAAUGAGAGCAAAGGAAAACUGAAAGACUUGUUCACGGUGCCAGUGCAUCGUAGAACACUGUUCAUAAUGACCGGCUUCAUCCUGCUUCAGGCGUCCAGCGGAGCAAUAGCAAUAUUGACUUACACGACGUCUAUAUUCGAGGCAAGUGGGAGCAACCUUGAUCCAAACGUAUCUUCCAUCAUCCUGGCAUCAGUUCUGCUCGUCACUAGCGUUGGCGCGUCGUUCAUCAUUGACCGCUUCGGCCGGCGAACACUCGCUAUGGCGUCUCUGAUGAUAUGCAGCGCCUGCCUGACAGCCGAGGGGGCCUACUUCUACGUCAACGAGGUCUAUGGUGAAGUUAACUCAGCAUUCGAUUGGCUGCCGCUCGCCGCGUUGAUGGGUUUUCAGGUAUCCUUUGGUCUUGGUGCAGGACCGGUGAUGUCUCCAAUGAUUGGGGAGAUAUACCACGUGUCUGUCAAAGGUGCCGCUGCGUCCAUCAACACGACGGUGAUAGCGCUGUACGGCUUCUUCCUGAAGAAGAUGUUCCAGGUGGUGUCGGACAACAUGGGCGCCUACUGGUCGUUCUGGGGCUUCGCCGUGCUGUGUGUAUGCGCCACCGCCUACGUCUACUUCCUCCUGCCCGAAACCAAGGGCAAGACAUUUGCGCAGAUCAAUGAGGAACUGGAUGCCCGCUUCGGGAAACACCAUCCAAAAUCCGUCAGUGACACGAAAUACGCGGAUCCAAAGUGAGGAGACAAGAAAGACAAAUUGUAUGAAUUGUUUGCACGCCUCCCAAUAUUCGUGAUGUUUUCUUGACAUCAAGUGAUGCCUUCCAUUCUGUGAAUGGACUUGCAUAUGUAACUGUCGUACAUUGCAUGUUACUUAGAUCUGAAAGAAAUAAAGCUUAUUUCAUACA